GAGUUAUUAAUCUUCAUGUUGUUAUUAAACUACAUGUUGUUUUUCCCACAAUUAAGAUCGUGUCACUUCUACCUGAAGGUCAAUGAUUAUUCAGGUAUAAAUAUCCAUCACCAGGUGUGUGUGGAGGCCCAGCACCUUGCAAACAUGAUGCGUUUUGCCCUGGUUGCACUGCUCGUUACAACUGUGUACGGUUGUGGUACUCCUACGUACCAACCCAUCCUCUCCAGGGUGGUCGGUGGUGUGGAUGCAAGACCCCACAGUUGGCCAUGGCAGAUCUCCCUCCAGAUUUCUCGAGAAGGUCGUUGGGGCCACACGUGUGGGGGGUCACUCAUUGACCCCAGAUGGGUCAUGACCGCUGCACAUUGCAUCAACAACAAGUACACGUACCGGGUGGGCCUGGGCAAGCAGGUCCUGUCGGAGGAUGAAGCCGGGACGGUCUACGCUCCAGUUGAGAAGCUCAUCCCUCAUGAGAAGUUCAGCAUGAUCUUUGCCGCCAAUGGUUAUGAUAUCGCCCUGGUCAAAUUGGCUGAACCGGUGGUCCUGAACGACAAAGUGAAUGUGGGAUGUAUACCUGCUCCUGGUACUCUGCUACCCAAUAAUUACAGUUGUUAUAUCACUGGCUGGGGACUGCUGAAGGCGGGAGGUACGGUGUCCAACAUCCUACAGCAGGCGCUGUUGCCCGCGGUGGACCACGCCACGUGCUCCCAGCCCAGCUGGUGGUGGAUGAUGGUGAAGGAAUCCAUGGUUUGUGCCGGUGGCGACGGUCUUGUCUCCGGAUGUAACGGGGAUUCUGGUGGGCCUCUGAACUGCCGCAAUGCUGAUGGGAUGUGGGAGGUGCAUGGUGUGGUCAGCUUCGGGUCAUCUCGUUGCAGCCACAAGAACAAACCGACCGUCUUCACACGUGUGUCUGCCUACAACGACUGGAUCACUGAGAAAAUGAUGAACAAUUAAGGAGAUCCGACGCAGAGUUUCUAAAGAUUCCAAACACCUGCAAAUCAGGAUUAAAAAAAUAAAUGUGUUUUUAAAAAUGUGUCCAGCUGUGUG